AUGAAGGACACAUUCACUUCUGCAGGUCCCCGGAGGCCGAAGACUCUUCACAACCUUGACAGCCCCUACCCUCCAGUACAAUGGCCCCACAUAGCCCCCAACGCCCAGCAGCUUGUGCUCGAUCUGCUUGACGGUUUGCUCUCACCAAUAGGCCAAUAUCGCUUACACCAUGUCACUCCGUCCAAGGGAAAGCGGGCCAGGAAAAGAAGACACCAGGAGCAGCCCUCUGAAGACGCAACGGUGGAAAAGCCAAAUCCGCAACGACCUCCCAUAUGUGAGCACCUGACUGUUGGUUUCAACUCCACAACAAGGCAUCUGGAAGCAUCAGCUCAAGCAAGCAAGAGCGCUGAGCGUUCAAGCCUGCCUCACUUGGUCGCUGUGUUCGUUGCUGUCGAGGAGGGGUCCAAUGUCUUGCAUUCGCAAUUUCCACUCCUAUGCAAAGUCGGCUCGAAGGCCCAGCCAGAUCUGCCUGAAAUACGGCUGGUUUCCUUACCGAGGGGAGCCGAGCAACGACUGGCAAAGGCAUUGGGUAUCCAUCGCGUUGGCCCCAUAGGUCUCCUAGUCAACGCUCCAGACAGCGAACCGCUUGUCCAGUUCGUAAGGGACAAUAUUGCAGCCAUAGAGGUACCUUGGUUGGAUCAUUUGACAAGGGGAGAGUUGCUGCCAACACAAAUCAAGACUAUUGAAACGACAGCUCCCGUGAAGGUUAAGAAAGCGAAGGGGCGGAUCGUGAAGAGCCAGUCGUGA